AUGACGGAUUGUGGCGAUUCUAUAGUUUUUUUUCGUUUGCCACCCAAAGCAGAUAUUCAAAUUCGUUUACGUAAUUUGCAAAAUUGCAAAAUUCAGAUCGAAGAGUUGUGCUCAGAUAGCGACUGUAAACAAGUGGUAAUCAUAGAAAAUUGCCAUAACUGCAUAUUCAGUGCAAGUACUCGUGACCACUUAGUCAUACAAGAUUUUUCCGACCCUUUUCAAAGUUAUGGCGCUAACACUGCUUUUACCUUUGAAGAUUUUGACACCUGCGACAACGAUACAAUGCGUUUACUACAGACUUACUUAUAA